UUAUUCGAUUUAUUCAAUAUAAGUUUUGUGUGUCGAGAAGUAAAUCGAUUUGCAAGUGAUACAGGUGACAGUGGUAGCGAUGUCGUUGGCAAAAAACGAACUAGAAAGAGGGACCGAUGUGUCUGCUUUUAAACAUCAAUAUACUCCAGUUCAUCCGUGAUCAUGGCGCUUGCAACAGUGCCGAAAUAUCGGAAACUUAUGGACAUAAAUAAACAUGGUACAGUGUGCUAAACUGGAUGGAUCAGAGCCGGUAGCAUGCACCACUCCUGAUGGGAAGCCUGGCUACUGUAUAAACAUACGCUCGUGUCGCCAAAUCUCAAAUCUGCUCAGACCACCAACAUCCGAAAAGACCAAAGAGUUCGUGAGGAAUUCUGCAUGCAAAGGCCCCCAUAAGUACAGCGUAUGCUGUAGAUCAACUCCCGCUAGUGAGGAUGAUGAUAUUUUCGAUUCAAGAACGCGUGAAGGAAACCUAUACUGUGAACCUUAUAUGACUGCUCAUCCUCCUGAUCCCAGUACUGGUUGCUGUGGCACCUCGGCUACUCUCGGCAAUAAAAUCGUGGGCUCGGAUGGCAAAGGAACUGGAAUAGAUCAGUAUCCAUGGACUGUCCUGAUAGAGUAUGAGAGUAAGAAGGGAAUCGACAUUUGCGGGGGUGUCCUAAUCAGCGGCAGAUAUGUCGUCACGGCUGCACACUGCGUCACGAGCGCGAUACCAAAGUAUAUCCGUCUGGGAGAGUACAACAUAACUAACCAGGGUCCUGAUUGCAAGCUGGCAGAGGGAGGUGGCCAGGACUGCACUGAUGGUGUAACCAGGGUACCAAUUGAGAAGAUAAUUCCUCAUCCAAAUUAUAGCUUCUCUGCAAACGACAAACGAAAUGAUAUUGCCUUGAUUAAGUUGAAAGAGUUAGCUCCUUAUUCAGAUUUUAUCCGGCCCAUUUGUUUACCGACGAAGGAUAUAAAUUUGUCAAGUAACAGAAAUGAUUACUUUACUAUGAUCGUUGUUGGAUGGGGCGCAACGGAGACAAAAAAGUACAGUGACGUCAAACUUGAAGUCAAAGUCCCUUAUGUACCAUUAGAACAAUGCAGAGCUUAUUACGAUAAAUUCAAAUUAUUUCAAUUGGGGAAGGGCCAACUCUGUGCUGGUGGGCAAAACGGCUUGAAUAACUGUAAGGGUGACUCCGGUGGACCAUUGAUGUUCAAGAAUGGGAAUCUCUUCGAAUUGGCCGGCAUCGUCAGCUUUGGCAAAACCGACUGUAAACAAGGUGUACCAGGAGUUUACACCGACAUUUAUGCAUAUAAAGAUUGGAUUAUGAGUAUACUCCAGACUCCGGAGCCGCAGACAACGUAACAGGUUACCAGGGCUCAAAGCAGGAGAAGGAACGGGGUGGUUUUUAGUCAGUAAGAGUCUGACACUCUCCUGCCUUGUAAAGAGUUUGUGGGGUGCUUAAUAUAUUAAAUGUUAUAAUUAUUAUUCUAUUUGCAAAUAUCUAUGAGGGAAAAUUUAUGAAAAAAUAGUAAAAUGCACCCCACGCUUUUUACUCUGAAGUGACAAACUCUUUGUAAUGAAAAAAUAUUUUCUAAUUUUUAAUUCGGUUGCAUAUAAAAGCGUGUUUUUUUAGUUUUUUUAAACUAUUAUUUUUUUAUGUCAAUAAAAUUAUUAUUUUAAAACAUUA